UACCGACACCCACCAUGUCUUCCUUUACGGUCUCGACAUCGGCAGGCUCAUCGAGCGACGUCAUGUCCUCGGUCUCGUCCUUCUUCUCGAGCUUCUUCCCCGUGGUUCACGCCGAUGACGAGGAGGACUCUGGUAGCGAUGACGCCGGCUCCUCAUCGGAGGGCGGUGAUGACGGCGGAGAGAGCGGAGGCGAUGAGGACAGUGAUGCCGAGGGCGGCGAGGAGGGUGGUGACGGCGGCGAGGAGGAAGAGGAGGAGGAGGAGGACGAUGAGCCUGAGGACCAGAUGCCCUCCAUCUACGAGGCGUGCCAGGACUCAAAGGAGUGCGCUUCUGCAAAGCACCACUUCGAGGAGUGCACCAACCGUGUCAACGAGGGAAAGGGGUUCAAGGGAGAGGACUGCAUGGAGGAGUUCUUCCACCUCGCCCACUGUGCCAGCGAGUGCACAGCACCAAAGGUCUUCAGCAAGCUCGUGUAGAGGGGUGCGAUGGCAGACGAAGGCGGGUAGGAGGGUAGUUUGAAGCGAAUACAUGGACAUAUCAUCACGUUGAGGAUCAGGCUGACGGGCGGCGGUGCGGGCGUAGUGAACGGACGGCAGUGACGGAAG